AUGACAACAACUCAAAAUCCAUACAGUGAAUCCAAUGGUUAUUAUGAUGAGAGUGUAUUAGCCGAACUAAUUACCACAAACGGUUCUGAUUCCUAUGGUACUAUUAGUAAGGAUGAACAAACGGCGAAUGAUGAUGUGUCGCAUAUCGCGGUCGGCGAAAACAGCAAAGAUCACAAUCCACAAGAUGAAGACCAAGACGAUUUAAAGUCAGAUUACUUGAAACGAGUGCGACAUUCAACAGCUUUAAAGUCUCCAGGAGUCUUAAUGAAGGAACUGCCAUGUUCAUUAUCGAUAGAACAGUUCAUCUUAGGCAAACGCCAGGAAAUAUCGAAUAUCAUCCACGGCCGAAAUGAUGAUCGUCUUUUAGUCAUCAUUGGCCCAUGCUCAAUUCACAAUGUUGACGAAGCACUGGUAUAUGCUGCUCGACUGAGUGAACAAGCAAAACUGUAUGAAUCCACACUGCUGAUUGUUAUGCGUGUUUAUUUUGAGAAACCUCGUACAACUUAUGGAUGGAAGGGUCUUAUCAAUGAUCCACUGUUAGAUGGUACAAAUGAUAUCAAUCUCGGUUUGAAAAUGGCUCGACAGUUGUUGUUGGACAUCAACCGUCUCCAGUUGCCGUGCUCAUGCGAAUUUCUACAUCCUAUACUCUCUCACUACAUUGCCGAUUUGAUAUGUUGGGCAGCCAUAGGUGCGAGAACAACGGAAUCACAACUACACCGUGAACUGGUCAGCGGUUUACCCAUGGCGGUUGGUUUUAAAAACGGUACAACAGGCAAUAUGCAAAUCGCCGUGGAUGCUUGUGUGGCAAGUAAAACUGGUCACACAUAUUUGUCACCUAACCCUUAUGGUAAAAUUAUAUGUAAUGGCACAACGGGUAACGAGGAUGUUCAUGUUGUGCUGAGAGGUGGCUCAGCGACGGGACCAAAUUACAGUCAAAAACAUGUUUCAGAUGCCAAACAUUUGUUGGAGCGACACAACAUAGACACACAGCUCAUGAUUGAUUGUUCGCAUGGGAAUUCGUUGAAACUUUAUGAAAAUCAAGUGCCUGUUAUCCAAGAUGUAUGCCAACAAAUAGCGUCGUCGACGGAGCGAACAAUCAUGGGUGUUAUGAUUGAAUCGAACUUAGAAUGUGGUAAUCAGUUGUUGAUAGAAGGUGAGAAAGAUCGACUCACAUAUGGACAAUCGGUAACUGAUUCAUGCAUCGGAUGGCCACAAACUCUGACUGUCCUGCAACUCUUAUCCGAUACUGUUCAAAACAGACGAAUAACGGAACUUAAAUUAACGAAAGAUCAAUAA